GGGGGUAUUAUGUCAGUUUACACUCUUGGAGGAGCUAGCUACUAUUUAAGCGGCCCACCGGUUUGCAUCGUCUUCUCAAGAGACGACGCUUCUUUCCAUCGUCCGUGAGAGCGACGCCUCCUCCUCCUCAUGGCUGCCUCCUCCUGCUCCCCCGAUGGCUCACCGCCGCCCUCCUUCAAGAAACGAGAGGCCGGCGGCGGCGGGGAAGCUGCGAGGCCGAGCAGGGACGGGAAGCACCCGACGUACCGCGGCGUGCGGAUGCGGAACUGGGGCAAGUGGGUGUCGGAGAUCCGGGAGCCGCGCAAGAAGUCGCGGAUCUGGCUGGGGACGUUCCCCACCGCCGAGAUGGCGGCGAGCGCGCACGACGUCGGGGCGAUGGCCAUCAAGGGCCGGGCGGCGGCCCACCUCAACUUCCCCGACCUCGCCGCCGCGCUCCCGCGCCCCGCCACCGCCGCCCCCAAGGACAUCCAGGCCGCCGCCGCGCUCGCCGCCGCCACUACAUUCGCGCGGCCCCCGUCCGAUUCUCCGGCGACUCCCUCGGCCGCCCUGGACGCCGACGAGGAGGAGGCGGUGUUCGACCUGCCGGAUCUACCCCUCGACGACCCAAGAGAAGGCUUCCUCCGCCGUUCAUCCUCGAUCGAAGCCGAGUUCCCGAUCGAGGAGCCUUUCUUAUGGGAGGACUACUACCACUACUAGACCCCACACCUCGCAUUCGGAAAACCUCCGCAUCAAAUCAAAACAAACACCCAAAUCCUUCACUUCACCUCCACCUCCACCUACGACAAACAACAAGCAACUGGUCUGGAUACCCCGUUGCUCAGAGGAAUUGGCUGGCAAAUGCACUCGGACCAAAAAAAAUCUCUCCUCCGCUGUAAAUUGACUUCGUAAUUUACCUCCCUUCUUCUCGCUUGGUAUAUUCGGAAACGGACCGUCAAUACAACAAGCAACUGAUUUCAAUCGUUC